ACCUAUGGUUUGGUACCAGAAGUUUGAGUAUGCUAUCAGCCAUUGGCUACAGAAAGCGGCAGAGAAUGUUAUGGGGUGUGUCCUGUGCAGCCCCGGAUGUUUCAGUUUGUUUAGAGGCUAUGCUUUAAUGGACGAUAACGUGAUGAAACGAUAUACAACGCCACCUACCGAAGCUAGUCACUACGUACAAUAUGACCAAGGUGAGGAUCGUUGGCUGUGUACCCUUUUGCUACAACAAGGAUACAAAGUAGAGUAUGUCGCUGCCUCUGAUGCCCUGACCUAUGCCCCAGAAGGAUUUAAUGAAUUUUACAAUCAGCGUCGACGAUGGUCGCCAUCAACAAUGGCAAACAUCAUGGACCUUUUAAUGGAUUGGAAAAACGUCACGGCCAAAAACGAGGACAUUUCAAAACUAUACAUCGCUUACCAAAUGUUUAUGAUGGUGUCCUCAAUAUUGACCCCUGGCACGAUAUUGUUAAUGAUUCUCGGAUCGUUGUAUACAGCAUUUCCGGCGAUUGAACCAUGGACAGCGUUUGUUGUCAAUCUAAUUCCGGUUGUGAUAAUGGUGGUCCUUUGUUUUGUUGCUAAAACAGACGUUCAGUUGAGCUAUGCGGCCAUUUUGUCGACCUUGUACUCGUUGUUGAUGAUGAUAGUUAUAGUUGGGUUGUUGAAGGAGGCAGUCGGAGCAGCAUUUUGUUCCGUGACAACAUUCUUCCUGGUUUUUGUAGCUGGUGUGUUUGUCUUAUCAGCCAUGCUUCAUCCACAGGAAUUCUGGUGCAUUAUCCAUGGCUUAUUGUACUUUCUUGCAAUCCCAUCAAUGUCUAUGUUGUUGAUGAUCUACUCUCUCGGUAAUCUCCACGUGGUAUCUUGGGGAACACGUGAGACGAAGGCACCAACUCCACAACAAGGAGCUCAGCAAGAAAAACCUCGACAGAAUGCAGUACAGAACUGGUUGGAAAAAAUUGGAUUAUCGGACAGCAGCCAGGCGUCAUCUGAAUAUCAGUUUUCAUUCGGAAACUUAUUUAGGUGCAUGUGUUGUCCAAGAUCUGAUGUUCAGAACGAGGAUGCCAGGUUGCGAGCUAUAUUGGAGCGAUUGGAAGACAUGGAUAACAAAAUGACUGAAGUGACGUCAUUUUCACAACGAGGUAGCAUUUCCGGGUCAUCAAAACCUGACAAGAAAGAAGAAGAAAUGACACCAUUUUCAAAACAGGAUGUCCUAAUGGACAGUGGCGAAAGACUGAACCCAAUUUAUAAAGAAGAAAAACAAAAGAAAAGAGACGAACUUAAAGACCCUUACUGGGUUCACGAUGUACAGUUACGGAAAGGAGCGAUUGACGUUCUGGAUAAAGGGGAGGUCGACUUUUGGCAAACUUUUAUCAAGAGAUACCUGUUCCCAAUUGAAAGUAAUAAGGAACACGAAAAGAAAGUAGCUAGCGAUCUGAUUGAGCUUCGAAACAAAGUUUGCCUAGCUUUUCUUCUUAUCAACGCACUAUUUGUUACAAUCGUAUACACACUUACGGAAGUGAACAAAUCGGACGGUUCUUUGUCAAUUCCGCUUCCAUGUGGUGGCGGCAAUGAUAAGUCUGAUACAAGUACAGGAAAUACAGGCCAAGGAAAGAUUGAACCUAUAUCCUUCGCGUUCACAGCUGUAUUUGGGCUUAUGCUGCUGAUACAAUUUGUUUGCAUGUUAUUCCAUCGAUAUUCCACUCUAUUACAUAUCAUUGCUAGCGCAGAGAUCAAACUCAAAAAGCAUAUAAGAAAUGCGAUUGGAAAUAAUCAAGAACAAGACGUACAAAACAUCGGUAUAGAAGAUGGACUAGAUCUCGUUCGUCAAAUGCAAUCUUCAAAUGAACCAGACAGUGAUACUGUGUCUGUGGAUUCGUUUGAUCUUCUCGGGGACGACACACCACGUGAUGAUGAUGACGAGUUACCAGGAGAACCGAAAGGGAAAGAUUUAUGGAACAAACUUCAGAAGAGGAGAAAACAAAUGAAUGCAAACACAUUAAGUAAAAAUUUCAUUAAAAAUUUCACAAAGCUACAACGCGUUGUUGAGUCGGAUGAGACGGCAAGUCUCUCGCCGUUAUCUGGGGAUAACUUCGGGUUUUCUGAAGAUCGGAUCGGAAAUGUCCAGAAACAGUUUGGAAAGAGAAGAUUCUCUCGAAAGUCUCUGCAUACUAUCGUAAAUAUAGUCCAGAAUGACAACAUAAAGGACGAAAUUAAAAAACGAGCAGAACAGCUUAACAAGAUUGAUGAAUUAAAGAAGAAGAGACGCCGGGAAAUUCUAAGAAAGGCAGUUCUGAUGGCUAGAUCUGAACAGAAAACAAGGUCAACAUUAGGGAGUGUUGUACAAGCGAAUAUAGCUCAGCGAAAAAUUGAUAAAAUCGAUAAAGAAAUGGAUGAGCAAAUGCAAAAUAUGGACCCUCCUCCGAUAGCAUCUAUAAGUGAGGAGGACGUAGAACCACAUGGCAAUGCUAGCACAAAGUCUUGGCCAAGCGAAAGUAAAUGUGCUUUAAAAAGUACAACGGACACUAAGGAUCUUAAUAACUCAGAUGUAUUAUUUUAAUAUUUUUGCACUUAUGGAAUCUGUACCACACUGGUAUCGAUCAUUAUGCGUCAUGUACAGAACUCUUUUGAUUACAACUAAGUCUUCAAUCGCGAUUAACUUUGGAUUUCAUCGCGUUUCAUCAACAAAACUAUAUGAUUAAAAUAUGUAGGUAGAUUGUUUAUUUAUAAUUUUAUAUUGUUAUUGACUAUUAAUUCGUUAUUACACGUGAUUGUAAAAUAUUAUAAUUGUAAAUAAAUGUUUCUGAAUGACAUAUUUAGGUACACGAUGAAAGUUUUCCAUUACAUCUUUAAAAAAAAUCAAAACGUAAUUUAAAUGUUGCCAUUCACAUGUUUUAUAGCACAUUAGUUUUACUAUUUCUCACACUAUUUUUUCUUAAAUGAAAAGGGGACCAUAAUUCGGUAUGUGGUAUGAGGUUUGCUCAUUGUUGAAGGCCGUAUUGUGACUUGUACAUGCAGUUGUUAUUUUCUACAUUAUUUGGUUUGAACUUUCUGGUUGAAAAUAC